AUGGCUCUUACCAGUGACCCCGGCGUCCGCAGACACUCCUACGCAGCACUCGAGAGCCCAGAGCACAUCAGGCUGAUUGCUCUGCACCCAGCCAUGUCCAAAGACGCACCCCUGCGGAUCAACUUUUUCUCGUCGACUUUGGAAGAUGUCGAAGGGCGUUACGAAGCUGUAUCGUACACAUGGGGGCAACCAAUUCUGGCUUUCGCUCUACUUGUCGAUGACGGUACUCAAGUCUUCGUCACAGAGAAUCUUGACCGCGCUCUGAGAUAUCUGCGCCGAGCCGACCGGGAUCGACUUCUCUGGGCUGACGCUGCGAGUAUCAACCAGGCCGAUAACGAGGAGAAGGCAGUGCAAAUCCCUUUGAUGGUCCAGAUCUUCCGAGGUGCUCGAAGAGUCAUGGCUUGGCUUGACCCGGGUGGAGAUACUACGGUCGAGCAACAAGGCAUGCGGGAACUGAACCGGCUUUCUCGAGCAUCCACAGUUCAACUUGAGGCUCUACAUGAUGGCUUCUCCGACGUCCUGCGAUUUCUGAGUCUGCCAUGGUUCAAUAGACUUUGGAUAGUACAGGAAGUCGUCUUCAAUUUGGACAUUCACUUGAUCUGUGGCGGCAUGGAGCUUACUUUCUCCCGACUCGUGGUUGCGCUAUCUGUCUUGCAGAGACACAUUCGAGUCAAUGAACUCCACGAAUCAAGAAUGGCGGUCCUUGACGAGAUGGGGAAACUCUGGAACCGCCAUUCGCUCUUCGGUAAAGCUUCUCGUCAGGCGCCAUCAUCCACACCUGAAGGCGCCACCCAAAUCCUAAACCUAGUAGAAAGUUUUAGGUUAUACGGAUGCACAGAUCCCCGGGAUCGAAUAUUAGCUUUGUAUAGCAUGGCAACAGAUGUACGACACUCAUCCCAAGCAAUCGGUUUUACAUCAGGAACAGACGAACGAGUCUCCAUGAAUAUCGAUUGCUCGCUGGAUGACGCACGGAAAAAUGUGGGAAGCUUUGCUUUCCCGCCAGCACUCUCCGCAGUCGACCGAUUUGGCUUCCUGGGCACCGGAUUGGCGAGUCUUACCCCGAGAUAA